GCCCAGGUCCCUCCUCUUUCUCGCAGUAGCUGCUGACAUAGAAGGUGCUCGGUCCUUCCGCCGAAGCUAAGGCCUGAUCUCAAUCCGGCGACUAGCACCGUUUAUCUCAGCCAUCCGCCACUCGCUCCCCGCCCGAUACACUCAGCCAUGGCCUCCGUGUCCGAGCUCGCCUGUAUUUACUCCGCUCUCAUCCUCCAUGACGACGAAGUCUCCAUCACGGAAGAUAAGAUCAAUGCUCUUGUUAAAGCAGCAAAUGUCAACAUUGAGCCUUUCUGGCCAGGACUGUUUGCCAAGGCUCUUGCCAACAUUAACAUUGGAAGCCUGAUCAGCAACGUUGGUGCUGGUGGUGGAGCACCCGCUGGCGCUGCCCCUGCUGCCGCAUCUGCUGGCGCUGCUGCUCCAGCUGAGGAAAAGAAAAAGGAAGAAGAGAAGAAAGAAGAGUCGGAAGAGUCUGAUGAUGAUAUGGGCUUCGGUCUGUUUGAUUAAAACCUCUUUCUAAAUGGACUCAAAAUAAAGAGAAAAUUGUUUAUAAAUGGA